CCAAUCACAAGCGUCACUUGACAAAACAGGAAGUGAGAUGAACAAAAAUAUUGAGCUUUGUAGCUAAAUAUAACAAAAAUUGUAAUUGUGGAAAAUAUCCGAAAGCGCCCGCGGUUUAAUUACUCAUUUUCCUUGCGAUGUAGGCCGCACGGUGUCACAAAUGGUUAGAAUGCCCGCCUCACACUUCUGAGGACCGGGGUUCAAAUCCCGACGCCGUAAUGUGUGGAGUUUGCGUGUUCUCCGCGUGGCUUUUCUCCGGGUGGCCACUCCGCUUUCCUCCCACAAACACGCGACAUUCAUUGGACCGACUCUAAAUUGCCCGUAGGUGCGAUUGGGAGUUCGACUGUAGCCCGUCUCGACGUGCCCUGCGAUCCGCCCGCGACCCUCGUGAGGAUAAGCGCCAAAAGAAAAUGGAUGGAUGCAUAGUAAUGUAAUAGAUUGCAACGAAUGAAUUGAACAAUCGACGGAUCCGUCAGGUCGUCAAUGUGCCGCGGGUCCAGGAUGCGAGCGGGCGGCCAUUCUUGUUCUUCCCUCAACCUCCUGCUGGUGGCGCUGUGCGCGCUGCUGCUGCUGUGCUGCGCCGCGCUGACGGCGCUGAUGUGGGCGGACGCCCGGCCAGCCGGUGAAGACGCGGGCGCGGGGGCGGCGCUCAGCGGCGUGAUGACGAUCGCGCGCGGCGCCGAGUUCAGCCGGGAUCUGCAGAACCGGAGCAGCGCCGCCUUCAAGUCGCUGGCGUUCGACGUCCAGCAGCUGGUGAGCGGACGCCGAGAGGCGACCGGCGAGGGGCCGCCGUCCCCCGAGGCUGACUUGCGAUUGGCCGGCAGUCAGGGCAGCGUCGUGGUCACCUUUGACCUGCGGUUCACACAAGCGGUGAACGGCGAGGAGGCGGAGCGACAGAUGAAGGCGGGCUUGGAGGAGAGCGGCGGAUUGGUUGUUGACCGAGGCAGCGUCCGCAUCACGGAGAAACAGCAGGAGGCGACCACAAUCGCAAACCUGACGCCAACCACACCCGCCGCAAUCGCGUGCCCUCCCUACCACGUCACCUGCGUCCGCUCGUCAACGUGCGUCCCGACGGACCGCCUGUGCGACGGCGUCGACGACUGCGCCGACGCGUCCGACGAAGACGCCGCCCGCUGCGCAACAGCCUGCGACGGACAGUUCUUACUGCGGGGGCCGACGGGAUGGUUUGCGUCGGCCGCAAACGGCGCCUUCUGCCGCUGGAUCAUCAGAGUUCAAAGCGGAUUUUCGGUUCAGGUCAACUUCCACAAGUUCAAAAGCAGAGAGAACGUCGACAUUGUCAGACUUUAUGAAGGAGUCGGCGCUGAGAAGAAUUUGGCAGCUGAGCUCUCAGGCGACACCCCUCCCGGGACCGUAUGGCUACUCACCAACCGAUCCACCAUUGAGUUUUCCACAGACAAUUUUGAUGGUGUGUCAGGAUUCAAUGCCACCUUCAGUACCAGCGAUCUGUCAGGCCUCGCCGAUUCAAAGAAGUUGUCGUGCACAUUUGAAAGCGGGCUUUGCUUCUGGAGGCAGGAACAAGAUGACGACGGCGACUGGCUUCGGAGCAGAGGGGCCACAUUCCCGCCUCUCAGCGGCCCGAGUGUAGACCACACUCUGGGAAACCCUUCUGGUUUCUACUUGGUCACCCCUCUGAGUCCUGGCCAAUGGCUGAAGAGCUUCAGAAUCUACAGCCUGCCUCUGACGCCGCCCGACCAUCCCAUUUGCCUGCGUUUCUGGUAUCAUAUGUUUGGAGAAGACGUCCACCGUUUUCAAGUGUUGCUGCAUGGUACCUCUCCAGGUGCCAUCCCUAAAGUGGUGUUCCGCAGGGACGGUAACUAUGGCGACAACUGGAACCACGGACAAGUGCUCCUUAACUUCACUGUUGACACGCAGGUUGUGUUCGAAGCUCUGAAGAGAGGUGGGCUGAGGAAUGACAUCGCGUUGGAUGACAUCACAUUGAUGUCUGAGCCCUGUGGACCCGCCCCCCCUGAACCCACCCUGGUGCCCACUCCUACUCCUCUGCCCACCAUUCCAGCUGACUGUGGCGGUCCUUUCGACGUGUGGGAGCCAAACUCUACCUUCAAGUCGCCAAAUUACCCACAGUCCUACGGGAACAGAGCUCGCUGUUUGUGGACGCUCCACGCUGUCCCGGGUCGAAACAUCCAAGUCCACUUCUUGGACUUUGACAUUGAAGAUAACUACGACAUAGUAGAGGUCCGCGACGGGAUGGGGCCCAACUCCACCUUACUGGCCGUUCUCACUGGCAGUGGUGUCCCCGACCGUGACUUAAUUUCAACAACCAAUCACGUGACGGUCUGGUUCUUCACGGAUAGUUCUGGCCAUGGACGAGGGUUCAAUGCCAACUUUACCUCCGGGGUCAGUUUGGGGUCUCCAGAGCCGUGUCCUGCAGACCAGUUCCAGUGUCGGACAGGCAGCUGUAUCCAAGGAAACCAUCAGUGUGAUGGAACAGUCGAGUGUGGCGACGCUUCAGAUGAAGCUAACUGUGUUGUGUUGCAGAUGAACUCUUCCAGUCGUCUCCAGUUUCAGAUCGCUUCCUUUUGGUUCACCGUGUGUGCAGACAGCUGGACGCCGCGCCUGUCUCACUUCACCUGUCAAUACCUGGGAUACAGGUCCGGCGAAGCCACUCUGGUGCCAGCCUUACCAGUUGAUUCACCCUUCACUAGUGUCAAAGUCACCAGUAAUGGAAGUCUGGAAUCCACCGUGAGCGAGCGUUGUGUCAACGACCGUGUGAUUUCGCUCCGCUGUGACAACCAGCCCUGUGGAGCUCGUGUAGCCGCCCGUGACACCGUGGACCACUCAGCAACCAGAGAUGGGGAGGUCCGAGUGGUUGGCGGGUCGGACGCAGACAGAGGGGCCUGGCCGUGGGUGGUGUCGCUGCAUUGGAAUGGUCGCCACGUGUGCGGUGCCACGUUGCUCGGUCGCCGUUGGCUGCUGACCGCCGCCCACUGCGUGUACGGGAAGGAACGCCCCCUGAGCCGGUGGUCCGCCAAGUUGGGUAUCAGGGCUCAGAACCACGCCGAGGACGCAAACUCGUUCCAAAUCGAUGCCGUGUUCAUCAACGUGCACUACAACAGAUUCAGCAAACAGGCCGACAUUGCCAUGAUGCGCCUCAGCACCCCCGCCAACUUCACUGAUUUGAUCCAGCCAGUGUGUUUACCUGAAAAUGGUCAAGAGUUCCAAGCAGGGAGGAAAUGUUGGAUCGCCGGAUGGGGGCGACUGGCCGAGGAGGGUUCUCUUCCAGACAUCCUGCAGGAGGCCGAGGUUCCCCUGGUGGACCGGCCCUGGUGCCAACGCGCUUUGCCCGAGUACGCUAUCACGUCCAGCAUGCUUUGCGCGGGCUUCCCGCAGGGCGGCAUCGACUCCUGUCAGGGUGACUCCGGCGGUCCGCUCAUGUGCGAGGAGGAGGGACGCUGGACUCUGAUUGGCGUCACGUCCUUCGGGAUCGGUUGCGGUCGGCCUGACCGGCCCGGCGUCUACACCAGAGUGUCGGCCUUCGUCGCCUGGAUCGCGGAAACGCGACGCUCCUCGCCCGCAUCAUGAGAUUCUUCUCCUCCCCUCCUCUGCAAGCUCCUCCUCUUGUUCUCCCUUUGACUCGUCUUCCUCGCUCUCGAGCACCACCUCUUUCUCACUCUAUCAUCUUCCAUCCGCCACCCCUCCCUCCUCCUUCCACACAUCAUUACCCCUCCACCACAACCUCUUCCUCCCCUUUUUCCUUCUACCCACCUUUCUCCUCCUCCUCCUCCUACUCAUCUUCAUCCACCUUCUCUUCCUUCUCCUCUUAUUGCAAUUUCUACUUCUUCGUGUCGAGUCAAAUCCUGUUUAUUUGUUUGACCCACAAUCCUAAAAGAGCCUCAGAAACUCAAAACCCCAUUUGAGACACCGCGAGAAGGGACCGCAGAUGGUAGACCCCCCCCCCCCCCUUUCCAGGAUGACCGGGCUGGAAAGGAUGUCGAGUUGGCAACAGUUGUCGCACAGUACGGCGCUCCGCGACGUUCAGUAAGACAUCAUUUGAGACACUGUCGGCGGAUCUGCCUCGGGACACGGAUGGGUCGACUGGAGCAGAAUUCUCCACGAGCCAAGACUCCCGGGGGAAGGGGUCCACCUCGGAGCUUGUCCCAGUUGGUCGGUCCGGAACCCAACAGCGGCAGACUCUGAUUGGGUUAACGUCGCCUGACACGCGCUUCCAACAGGAGAGGAGAUAAAACAAGCGGCAGGAAGAACCGCCAACGUGAACUUGAAAUAAAAUAAAUGCCAAAGAGUACGAAAAUAAGUCUUAAAUUGAGAUUUCAUGGGCAGGUCAUUUCAGAGUGCUGUAACUUUAAUAAA